AUGCAAAGCAACAAGCGCCAGCGAACCCUUGUAGAUUUUGACAUCCCAAAAACCGAUAGCCUGGUUCCCCGUCACGUUAAGAAGCGUCAAAAAUCUCCCAUAUUCAUAGACUUGGAGACCGAGAGCUAUCAUGAGCACAUCCUAGAAGAGAACAUUGCUGUCAAAGACGAGCAGCAAGCUGUCCGGAAUAACUUAUUUGUGGCAGAUGAGGACCAAGAAGACAAUUCUGAAGCUGUUGAGGUUAUAAGCGAUGUUACCAAGCCAUCUCCAAAAGCACAAGAUCUCCGAUUAGCUCUCUCCGGCAACCAAAACGACGCCAAACCAAAGCCUGUCCGAAAGCAAAAAAAUUCCUUCACCGAAAGUCUCACUACUGUUGGACAAAAGCUAGUGUCCGUAACCGAAGUUGGCGAAGAGCAGCAAGUGCUUUGCCCAGUUUGUGGGAUAGUAUUGACAAAGUUGGAGAUACAUGAGCGAGAGGCUCAUUGUGAUCAUUGCAUUGAGAAGGACGCUGCACCUUCGAAAAUACGUACGGGUAGGCGCAUUCCAAGACUUCCUGAGGUUAAAAAGGUGCGUUUCAAAAACCAUGUUAUCAAUGUCGAUGGUUUCAACUUCCAAAGCGACCCCUCUAUUCACCAAUACUUUCUGUCUCAUUUUCAUGCUGACCAUUACAUGGGAGUAAAAAAGUCCUGGGAUCAGGGCACGAUCUACUGUUCCAAGGUCACAGCGGACCUGCUAAUCUACAAAUUCAAAGUGCCGCAAGAUAGGAUAAUUGCUUUGCCAGCCGAAGUUACCAUCCAAAUUUCGAGUAAUGUCUCAGUGAUUUGUUUCGACGCUAACCACUGCCCUGGAGCAUUCGUCUUUUUGUUUCGCGAGUUUGGUGGCGACAACGAAACAGUUCAGUGGGUGCUUCACACGGGAGAUUUCCGGAGUAAUAACGAUCUGAUUACCAAGAUAAUAGAACACACAAGCGGGAAGCCUAUUGACAAAGUUUAUCUGGACACAACUUACAUGUACCCGUCCUAUCACUUUCCACUUCAGAAAUCAGUGCUUGACGUUACAGGAGAGUUUGCCUUUAAGCUCAGAGAUGUGGGGUUGAAGAAAUUGUUCGGUGAUCGGCAAAGCUCAAUAAUGAGUUUUGUUUCAAAUUCUCUGCGACCUCGGCAUCUAUAUAAGUACGUCUUUGUGAUUGGCACAUACACCAUAGGAAAAGAGAAGUUAGCCAUUGCAAUUGCAGAAAGGCUGCAAACCAAGAUCUUUGUUGCCAGAGACACGGCUCGACACUGCAUCAUUCAAACAUAUAAAGACAAGUUUCCAGAGGGCAUGAUCACCCACGACAUAACUAAAGCCUGCGUACAUCUCGUUUCAUUAAGAACACUGUCUUCUAAAGAAACCCUACAAUACUAUUUUAAGCCAAUAUCUCAUAUCUAUGAAGAUAUGGUUGCAUUCGCUCCAACCGGCUGGUCUUUCAAGAACGGAGGAAGGUUUAUAAAGCUUCAUGAGACACUUGAGCAAAAAAUCGAGCACACAGUUAAUUUACUAAAAGACAGCACAGUAGAUAAUCUCGACCCCUCUUCGAUACACAAGCAAUACAAACGAGACGUCAGGUUUCAGGUUUUUCAGGUCCCCUAUUCUGAGCAUAGCAGUUUCAAAGACUUAGCAAACUUUUGCGUUAGACUGCCUUGGGUCAAGAUUAUUCCAACUGUGAAUACGCAUGACGACUACAUGGUGUCUCAAAUGAGAGAAUGGUUCAAAGCAUGGAAAAAUGUCCACGGACAACGAACGGCAUAA